AGAUUAAUCAUGGCUGCUUCAUUGAAACGUAUAAACAAGGAGUUAAACGAUAUGAGGAACGACCCUCCUCCGAAUUGUAGUGCGGGAUUGAAGGACGAUACGGGGAGUGAUAUCUUUAAGUGGGAGGCGAAAAUUAUGGGUCCGGUUGACUCGCCAUACCAAGGAGGCAUAUUCGACGUGGACAUCCACUUCCCUGUAGACUACCCGUUCAAACCUCCGAAAGUGAAGUUCGUGACGACGAUUUUUCAUCCGAAUAUUAAUAGCGAUGGGUCGAUUUGUUUGGAUAUUUUGAGGGAUCAGUGGUCUCCUGCUUUGACGUUGUCGAAAGUGUUAUUAUCAAUUUGCUCGUUACUUACGGACCCGAACCCGGAUGACCCGCUUGUGCCGGAGAUUGCGCAUAUGUAUAAGAAUGAUCGAUCACGAUAUGAGACUAUUGCUAGGGAAUGGACACAAAAGUAAGUGUGGCAUCUGACGUCGUGCCUCUGGGCGUUCUGAACAAUAAUUUAAUAAAUUUGUCCUGGCUAGAUACGCAAGUGGCCAAUCCUCAACAACUCCUCCUGUGCCUGCUACUUCCAAUACUGUGGCGACGCCGCCUUCGAACAAUACUCAAUCCGUCCCUCCUGCUGCUCCUGUUAGUGCACCACCUCCCGUCACUGCUGUUCCCGCAGCCAGCGCUAGUGCGGCCAGUGCUCCCACAACC